CUUCCGUCCGCCGGGAGCGACAUGGCGGCGGCGACCGCCUUCUUCUUUUCCUCCUUCUCCUCCUCGGUGCUGCGCCCGGGCUUGGCGCCGCUGAGGCGAUGGCGAGCCCUCUCGCGACCGGCGCCCCGGGCCGCUUACGGCACCAGCAGCUCCCCUCGCAGCGCCGCCAGUGAUGAAGCAACCAUUAUCUCAGGGACAAAGCUUGCUAAACAAGUUUUGAAAGAAGUUCAAAGGGAUGUAGAAUCGUGGAUAUCCUUUGGAAACAAGAGACCUCAUCUCAGUGUCAUAUUAGUAGGAGACAAUCCAGCUAGUCAUAUCUAUGUCAGAAACAAGAUAAAAGCAGCUGCAGCUGUAGGCAUUUCUAGUGAGGUCAUAUUGAGGCCUAAAGACGUUUCUCAGGAAGAACUCUUAGAUAUGACGGUAAAACUCAACAAGGAUUCAACAGUUAGUGGUGUAUUAGUUCAGCUACCUCUCCCAGAUCACAUAGAUGAACGAACAGUUUGUAACGCUAUCGCACCUGAAAAGGAUGUGGAUGGAUUUCAUGUUAUGAAUAUUGGACGCCUGUGUCUUGAUCAGCCUUCUAUAAUACCUGCCACUGCUGCUGCCGUGUGGGAAAUUAUAAAACGGACAGGAAUACAAACAUUUGGAAAAAAUGUUGUUGUAGCAGGAAGAUCUAAGAAUGUUGGAAUGCCUAUUUCAAUGCUUUUACAUACUGAUGGAGAGCAUGAAAGGCCUGGAGGUGAUGCUACUGUGACCAUUACUCACAGAUACACACCGAAAGAGCAGCUCAAGAUCCAUACGCAACUCGCUGACAUUGUAAUAGUAGCUGCAGGUAUCCCAAAGUUGAUUACAACUGAUAUGGUCAAAGAAGGUGCAGCUGUGAUUGAUGUAGGCAUCAACCAUAUCCAUGAUCCUCUUACAGGAAAGACCAAAUUAGUUGGGGAUGUGGACUUUGAAGGUAUGGGAGGAAAAAAGCUAUAACUUUGAGAAACAUGAAAUUGAACCUAGGAAUGAAGGGCUGUUUCCAAAGCAGCGGAUCCUGUUUUUCAAGGAAACGAUCUACAUUUCAUUUCUUCUGAAGAAUCAAAGGAAGAUUUUAAGGUUCUACAGAAGCUGCAAAAUAGCAGCUCCUCCCCCAUAGGCACCUAAUUUGCGUACCAACAUUUUCCAGAUUGGCAGAGAAAUGCCUGGGAGAACAGCAUGCAUCUUGAGAAAGCAGAGUUAAAGCUAGGGACAAAGUUACAGUAUUCCUGAGAAGCAGAAACGAGACCGCUUGAAGGAACCGACAGUGCAGCACCUUGCUUGCCAACAUGAAAUCGGUCACACUGAAGUGCUGUCUUGGAACUGUGCUUUGGCCUACUACACUUCACAAGGAAAGGAAAACCUAUUUACGUUUUUGAGGGCCAGGUUAUUUUUCCCCCUUUGGUUGCUGGCAUUUAUCUUGGAAAAUUGCAUUCACCGUAUCUGUAUUUACUCUUACAGAUGGAAACUUAUCAGAUGUUAGUUUCCCGGCCAUAGACACCUGUUGUGCCUUUAAAAAUCUGCAUCAGCUUUUGUGAAUGAGCUAUCCGGGUGGUUUUAUGCUAACUGAUACAAAAUAUGUCAUCUGCCACACUGACCCACAGGGAUUUCCAUAAUGAUAGAGUAUGGGUAGAGAAAUUCCCCAACAACUUGUGAAAACAGUGUACUGUGUGUUUACUGCCGAGUAUGGUUACUAACACUAGAGGCAAUGAAUGUUGUACAUGAUAUUCAUUAGAAGGCUUUCUUUGGGUAAGGCAUGGUCCGGUUGUAGAUUGUACCUCUUUGUAAGUAAGAUAGGAGUAGUUUGAAUAAUACCACAAAAGGAGGUAUGUAACAUUGCCAUGGAAACAAACUUUUUUCAAUUUAAAAUGCCUAAAAUAUUUUUAUGUUAAUUACUGAAGUGUUUACUUAAGAUGUGGGUGCAUUUCAAUAAUUAUGACAUUAAUCUGGGAAUUCGUGCUAACUGUAUUAACCGUAAACACCAAUCUCAAAUGGUAGGUAGUUCAAAAUAGUAUAACUAUUAAAAAGACAAAUUAUUUGUGUUUGAGAAUAUUAAGAAUAACUGUCAUAUGAGAUCUUAAUUCAUUUGUUACAAUUUACAUGUAAAAAAAACCACAUUGCAAUUUGUUUACCUUUCCAAAUAUUUUCACAGUAUAUCUGGUGGUACCAGUCAACUGAGUAAUUAAAACUCUCCCAGUUGUAAUUACCAUCAGUCCUCAAUGAGGCUUAAUCUUCUCUUUUUCAGUUUAUUGAGAUAUUUACCAUGAACUUCUGCGAAUGCUCUUGUUAGGUCCCUGCCUUGGGGAGUUCAGACAGGGAAUUUUUUUAUUUCAUUUACGCCCCACACACCUCCCCGCAAAAUCUAAUAAGUACUCUAUCCAAAAAAAAAGAAUAUCCAGCUCUUCAAAUUCUCUUGUAAUACUUCUUUUUGGGAGACCUUGUUAUUCGCAACACUAAAGCACUACAUACGUUCAAGAUGAAUACACUUAAAGCAGAAGCAAGUUAUCUUGUUAGUUCCAAAAUCAAGGUGCCUGGUUUUCAAUCCAUUGAUCUCUUCUCAUAGCCAGGUAUAGAUUCUCCUCUGUAGUGACUUCAGUGGAAAUGUAUGUGCUUGUGUCGGAGUUACGCUUGCUGAGUUUUCUUCUGUGUAUGCGUGUGUGCCUUUUUAAAAACAAUGCUUUUAAAAGUGGGGUGUGAGUUUCCAAGAAAUUAUUUCUAAGCAAGCAAAAAAACCCCAAACUAACAAACAAAAAACCUCUCACGGUGGCACUUGAGAAAAAAACCUCUGUAGUAAUCAGGUUAGUAAUAUGCCAUUUGGACUACCCUUUAUUAGCAAAUAACUGCUCAUUACAGUUUGUCAUGCGAUGAAUUCCCAGUCAGUUGCAUAUAAUUCCUUUGCAAGUAACCUGCAAUUCCAGUUGAUUGCAUUUUGCACGGUAGAUAAGAAUAUCAAAUAAGGAUUUAUUGCUACAUUAUAUUAUUUCCUCGUACAAAGAGGUUAACUUGACAGGUGUUAGCUUAAAUGCUUUAAAAAAAAAAAAUCCAUACAUAGUUACCUCUUAACACAGGCAUUCAAGGUGUAUACUAAGUUUGGAUAGUCUGACGUGGUUCAUGGUUGUAGCUAAUUGAGCUGUAAGAGUUUUCUUUCUGUUUGAGACUUGGGCAAGAUCUGCGCCUCCUGAUCCUAGUUCAGUAUAGGCACCCUACUAACACUGGUUUAAAAAAAAAAAAAAAAAAAAAGGAAAAAAAAGUCAUGUCUGGAGGAGCUGAGUGUUUAUGGCUAAAGUUACAAUGGGAAUUUUGCCACUGGAAUCUAUUUUUCCUUGAAGACAAUUCUCGUUUUUGUUCCUUGUCCGUAUUGUGAAGCAGAAAACCAGAUCAACCAGGAAAAUGUAAUUUUUCCUUCUGCAGUUUUAAGUUCCCUUUUGUGAUUGUAGUAUGUCAUUGUUAGAAGGUGCAAACCAGAGUUGGGGAAAGAGGCUGAAUAGGUGACUUAACUGUUGCUGGUGCUCUGCUGUCGAUUUUGAUAGUUACAGCAGACUCCUGCUCUGCGUGCUGCUCCUCAGGAAGGCACGCAGUUUGGGGCAUCCUGUCUUUAACCACAGAAUGAGAUCCCCAGCCUCCAUAGCUCUCCUGGAUAUUGAAGGUGCAGUAUCCCAGCUGGUAGAUGGGGGUGAUGCAAGUUUGUGCUGCCCUCCUGGGUUGGUGCUGCCUUCCUGGGGUCAUCCUGCCCUCGUGUCACCCAGAUGUUCUUGGGCCAGCUGGUCAGCUGGGUCAAACAGUUAACAACUACCCCUUACUGAAAAGGUUUGGCGAGAUUAACUGUACAUCUGUCUGACCACAGGCUCCGUGUGUGGUGUUCCCAUGAGGAAAGGGCAGCCUGCUGCAGGUAGAUCAGCUCAAACAGGUUGUGAAACCAUGUCCCAGAACUAGCCCCUGGGUAAUAAUAUUCAGAUGAAGAAAACUACCUUGCAGCCCUAGUCCUGACUGUAUUCUGUCACUGCCGUGGCUGUAAUAAGACUUCUGCCUUAACUUUUCCUGUGUUCUCCAGUGCUUGCCAAGUCACAGUCCUUUAUGCUCAUUGCCAGUUAGGCAUAUGUGGGCAAUGGAAGGAAAAAAAAAACGUUUUGGAAACAUUCUUAGUCAAUACCUUUUUCUCUUUUUUUCUCAGAAGUGAAGAAGAAGGCUGGCUUUAUCACUCCAGUGCCAGGAGGGGUAGGACCUAUGACUGUUGCAAUGCUUCUGAAGAACACACUCAUAGUU